UUAGUGUCAAGUUGGAAGAGAAACACAAUUCAACGAAAACUUAUUAUGUGUGGAGUUCCUUUUUAAAAGAAGAAGUGAUUAUUGAUUAUGGAUCGGAGCAAACGGAAUUCAUUUGCAGGAUUUCCUCCACGUGUGGAGCGUCUUGAAGAGUUUGAAGGAGGUGGUGGAGGGGAUGGGAGCAUGACCCAGGCUGGAAGAGUUUGGCCAUCUUCGUAUCGAGCUCUUAUAAGUGCCUUUUCCAGACUGACGCGCUUGGAUGACUUCACCUGUGAAAAAAUCGGGUCUGGCUUCUUCUCUGAAGUGUUCAAGGUGCGACACCGAGCUUCUGGUCAGGUGAUGGCUCUUAAGAUGAACACAUUGAGUAGUAACCGGGCAAACAUGUUGAAAGAAGUGCAGCUCAUGAACAGACUCUCUCAUCCCAACAUCCUUCGGUUCAUGGGUGUAUGUGUACAUCAAGGACAACUGCAUGCCCUUACAGAG